AUGAAUCUCAACCUCUCAGGAUCGGUGAACGUCUUUAGAUUACUUUUCAGACCAUCCCUUUGUCUACCGCAACACACCGUCGCUACUUUUAACGAUUUGCCAAUUCCCCUGCAGAAAGCCUUCGAAGGGCAGAUCCGUGACUGUGACAUCCGGGCGGUUGUUCUUGACAAGGACGAUUGCUUCGCGGUCCCCCACACUAAUGAAGUCUAUAAGCCGUAUAAAGAACGCUUUGAGCAGCUCAAGGCCGCGUAUCCCGGCCGCCGGCUGGUUAUUGUGUCUAACACCGCCGGAGCCACAUCCUACGACACCUCGCUGAAGCUGGCCAAGGAACUAGAAGAAGCAACUGGAAUCACCGUUCUUGCUCACAAAACGAAGAAGCCCGGCUGCGGCUCCGAGAUCAUGGAGUACUUCCGCAGUCAUCCCGAGACGGGUGUCUCCCAUCCAUCCCAGGUCGCCGUCGUUGGUGACCGCUUGACGACCGACAUGAUGCUGGCCAACAUGAUGGGUGGCUGGGGGUUUUGGAUCAGAGAAGGCGUAGUACCAGCUGAGAAGAAGAGCAUUUUCUCGAGACUUGAAUGGCGUCUGGCUGCAUCUUUGACUGCCAGGGGCUGCCAGGCCCCAGUGCCACAGAGCCCCUUUGAGUAG